CACAUGUACACUACUCACUCUUGUAGUAGAAUCGAAUAACACAAACAGAUAAACAAACACAAUGGCUCCUCCUCGUCCUCCCUCUCCCCUCUCCCCCCCUCAAUUUAUCAUCGUCGUUGUCGUCGUUGCUAUCGUUCUCCCGACGAUCUCCGGCCGUGGAUUCGAGAUCGAGGAGGCGACGAUCGACGGCAUCCACCGCGCCUUCGAGAGCGGCGAGCUCACCGCGGCCCAGCUCGUCGGCUACUACCUGGACCGGAUCCGGGCGCUGAACCCGGCGGUCCGGGCGGUGGUCGAGGCGGACCGGGCCGGGGCGCUGGACCGGGCGGCGCGGUUGGACCGGGCCGGGUGGGCGGGGCCGGUUCGGGGGCUCCGCGGGAUCCCGGUUCUGUUGAAGGAUAACAUCGGGACGGGGACGGGGACGGGGGCGCGGUUGAACACGACGGCGGGGUCGCUGGCGCUGCUCGGCGCGGCGCCGCGCGGGUCGGGCGCGGCCCGGCGGCUGCGGCGCGCGGGAGCGGUGGUCGUGGGGAAGGCGAGCCUCAGCGAGUGGGCCCACUUCCGCUCCUUCACCGCGCCCAACGGGUGGAGCGCGCGAGGGGGCCAGGGUCGGAAUCCAUACGUGCUCUCGGCGGACCCAUGCGGGUCAAGCAGCGGGUCGGCGAUAGCGGUGGCGGCGAACAUGGUUGCGGUGGCGCUGGGGACGGAGACCGACGGGUCGAUCAUCUGCCCGGCCGCCGCAAACUCCGUGGUGGGGAUCAAACCCACUGUAGGACUCACCAGCCGGGCCGGAGUCAUUCCUAUCUCCCCUAGGCAAGACACCGUCGGCCCUAUUUGUAGAACAGUGUCAGAUGCUGUCCAUGUGUUGGAUGCAAUUGUUGGCUACGACCCAGAUGAUGCAGAAGCAACUAAACUGGCUUCAAAAUAUAUACCUCAAGGGGGCUACAAGCAAUUUUUGAAUUUAGAGGGACUAAAGGGAAAGAGACUUGGGAUCUUGAGGAAGGGCUUUUUUGAGUUCCCCCCAAAUUCAGUGCAAAAAAAGGUUUUUGAGGAGCAUUUCAACACAAUGAGGCAAAGAGGAGCCAUCCUAAUUGAUAACCUUGAAAUUGCCAAUGUGAGCAUCAUCCUUGAUUCCGAGCAAAGUGGUGAAUCAAUCGCAAUGUUAGCAGAGUUUAAGCUAUCACUGAACACAUACCUGGCACAAUUAUCCUAUUCUCCUGUUAGAUCUCUUGAAGAUGUAAUCGCUUUCAACAACAAGCACAAAAUCAAGGAAAGGAUGAAAGAAUAUGGCCAACCUAUCUUUUUGAGGGCUCAGAAAACUAGUGGAAUAGGCCCCGUCGAGAGAAGCGCGAUUUUGCGAAUGAAUCAACUCUCCAAGGAAGGGAUAGAAAUGUUGAUGAUGAAGAACCAAUUGGAUGCAGUAAUCACACCCGACGCUACUGCGACAAGUAUUCUUGCUAUCGGCGGGUAUCCGGGAAUUAGUGUUCCGGCAGGAUAUGAUAAAGCAGGGGUACCUUUUGGUAUCUGCUUUGGGGGUUUAAAGGGUUCAGAGCCUAAGUUGAUUGAAAUAGCUUAUGCUUUUGAACAAGCCACAGCAGUUAGAAAACCUCCUACAUUCAAGUCAAGUUUAACAGCAAAAUCUAAACUAACCACUGAGUGUUGAGAGCUAAUGAACUGCAAUAUCCAUCUUUACAUUCUAGGCAUGUUUAUGUUGUCUUUGUGUUAAAAUUGUUCAAUAAAUCUCCUUUUGACUUUGAGAGAGUUUAGAGAUUGUUUCAUCUCUCUACUAUA